AUGCUAAAUGAUAAUGAUAGCAAAUCAAUCGAAUCGAUCAAUAAUGCAAAAAUUUAUAUAUAUCGCGGGGAAAAGAUUGCUGGUUUUGAACUGCAAGGUAUCCGGAUGAUAUGCUUGCCACAGGCUUAUGAGAUAUUUUUAAAAAAUGUUAUCAGUGGUCUUCAUACUGUUCACAGCAAAUUAAAACGUCUUCAAAUUCGACUUGUUAUUUGUAACAUUGAACAGAUUCGAGCAUUACGAAGUUUGGGUGCUAUUCAGCAAGGUGUUAAUCGUUGUAAAUUAAUUUCUUACACUGAUUUUGAUCAAUUAUACGAUGAUUGCUAUAAAAUUCAUCAUCGAUCAGGUCGUCGAGCAAAGUGUUCCAUAGAAUGGGAUAGUAAGCCAAAUGAUAUGAAUAAAAAACAAAAAUGCACUUCAGAUCGUUCGUAA